UCAUUCUGCAACUGCGAUCCUGCGCGCGCGCUCCGUACCUUCCGUCGUCGCUGCAUUCGAUCUGUCAAAAGAAAACUAGAGCAGACCGCACAGCAGUGCCGCCGCGGCAUCAUCAACCCCUCGACCACUUGUCUCGUUAUACCUGGACGAUAGUAAUCGACUUCCUGUAGCCUCACUGUGCGCGAGCACAUCUGUCUCUCUGUGUAACCGACGCUUCGUUGUACCCCUGUGCACUGUAUAUAUAUAUAUAUAUAGCAUUCCCCUCUCUACUCUCUUUCUGGUAUAUAUUAACACUCUACUGUGGAAGAGAGCAGCGGAUGCCCGAACCGCGCAAAAAGAAGCUCGCGCCUGUGCCCACGGCCUCGAAGAUCGUGAAACGAAUCAAAAUGAGUCUUCCCGUGUCAAAGAAAGGCAAGGAAGAUGCCAACCGAGAGGUGUCUGAUGUAGCCAAAGAUGCCAAAAGCUUUUUAGAGAAAAUUUUGGGUGACGUCAGCAAAACUUCAGCGACUAAGCAGAUAGUUAUUGGAACUGCAUCAGGAUGGGCAACUGGCUUUAUUACGAUGAAAGUGGGCAAAGUUGCUGCCUUUGCAGUUGGUGGUGGAAUUAUUAUGCUCCAAGUUGCAGCAAACCAGGGCUAUAUUAAGAUUAACUGGGACAAGAUUCAAAAGAAGGCUGAUAAGAUCACCGAUAAAGUUGAAGAGAAAUUAACUGGCGAGGGUCCUAAACUCAUGGACAAGGUAGGGAAAUUCUGUCAAGCAAACACAUUUUUGGCUACCAGUUUUCUUGGUGGCUUUAUAAUUGGCCUAGCUUCAUAAUUAUCUAGCGUUGCUCCUUCAAAAAUGAAACAAAAAAUUAUCCUGUGUACAUUUAAUUUUUUAUUGGAAUUGUAUAUGAGUUUGUAUGAAUUUGCAAUGUGAAAUGCAAAAUUUUUUGUUUCUUAUUUCUAGUUAUCGAAUUUUGUGGUUUUGUAAUAUAAAUCAAUCUGGACAUUGAAACAUCGUUUACUUUUUGUUUGCGUUAAGUAAAAAUUUAGUCAUUCUAAAAUUCAAGUUUAAGUCAACAAUAUUAUACCUAGUAUUUAUAUAGAUACGAUUUACACUGUGCCGUUAUUCGUAAAGUAAUGCCAGAACUUUGCCUAAAGUUUUUUGCCACCGAUCAAUUGUUGUAGGACGUUGCCAUGGCGUGAAAGUGGUUUGAUACUGACUGAUUAAAAAUCAUUCAAGAAAAAACUUUAUUCCAAUUUUAAAAAAUAUACCUCGUACUAUUACGUUGAAUCGUAACUCUUCCGCAUUUUUAGACGUUUUUAUCAUCCGGUAGUUAUAAUUCCCUAAUUUAGUCAGUCUCGAUUUUUUUACGAAAAAAUGUAUACAGAUAAGUUACUCUCUGAUCCAUUGUACAAACUCAACUGAUAAGUUGGUUAAUCAGUCAAUAAAUAAUCAGCUUUCUCAUUUUUAGUCACUUGCUGCUAAUGUAUAAAUAAUGCAUCAAUUUUUCACAAUCACAUAUCUUAUUAUAGAUAAAACUGUUAGGAAAAUGCAUAAGACUGUCUUAUGUGUAAUUGCUGAACAAUAAAAAAUAAGUUUUUCAACUUUGAGAAACCGUGUUUUAUUCAUUAUAUUAGAAAGCAGCAAACCUUGGACAGUUUCCGGGAAAAAAUGUAUAUAUAAUUAUAUGUUAACUCUUAAGAGCUUACUAAUUAUCUAAUCACUUUCUAUAAUUAUUAAUUAUUCAACUAUAUCUUACGUAACGUUUUUACCUACUAUGUCUAAUUGUCUAUCUUUGUAGUUAGACUACUUUCAGAGUACAACCUAUGCUCCACUUUACAUAAAAUCAACGUUGAAACCCAUCAGAGUAUAUAAUUAUAUAUAACGCAUUUUUUCCCGUGACCCGGUGUUCGCAGAUGGAGAGGUACGUGGACAAGAAGCUGGACAAAGCCGAGCAAUUACUGAAGAACGGCGAGACCCGCACCCGUCGCUGGUAUCAGAACCUCUGCGGCACAGGCGGCGGCGAUUCGGGCAUCCGCGCCCGGGAGAUCCACUUCUUCCUCUUCUCUUUCGCCGCGGGUGUCGCGAUUGGUAUGGCCUCGGCCAACUAGGUAAGCGAGUGCUGCGCUUUGAUCAUAAAUACGCGCAAAAAACCGCUCCCAGCUCCAGAACCCGUCAGCGUUGAGGUUGUCGACGAGGCUGACGUCCUGAAGAAGGCGAUGGAACUCUUCGAGGAUGCCAAGAGGAACUUCUACGUAUUCAGGGCCUGGUGCCGGGAGCAGGUCAGGGAAUACCUGUGAGCGCGGCGAGUCGACAUCGGCACACUUCUGGAAGCUUGGGCUGGAUCGGAUGAAGAUUGUCAGAGAGUUCUCGUGUACUUGGGCUUUGGAGACUGAUUUGUAUACUGAUUUACUUGACAAUCCGUGAUAAUUCGUUUCGAUGGAGAUUAUAUACUCGUAUGCCAAGACUUGUUUGUAAAGAUGAAUUACACGAUACUUUUUCAUGUUUUUUAAAACCUCGUGGCGAAUAAUUUUUCGGGAAAUUGAUUAUCAAAGCCCUCGGGUGAACUCCGAACAGUCAAAUCAGCCGAACGUCAUGCUCGACGGAUUUGAAUGUUCGCGAUCUUUGGAAUCUCGCAAGACCAAAGAACUUUGAUUCGGUGACGUCGAGAAGGACCAACUGCAGAAGUGGUAUUUACGUUCAAAAUGCAGCACGAUCAAGAAACAAAAGAAAAAGACGAUAGGGAGGCGUAAUCUUAGUAAUCGUACUCUUAGACCGUACAACCUGCUACUCAUCAACUGUUAUCAGAAAACCCAGUAGCUCUAAGUCAUUGAUUGAUAUUGUACCAUGAUUUUUUUUAUCAUUGUAUGUACUUUAAUUAGCUAGUCACAGCAGUAUAAUAAGUUUUCGAUCGACUUUUUCUUUUCUCGCGAAAAUUCUGAUUUUUUAUUUGUUCGUGGCUUAUUUUGAGAUUACUUUGCAUUUUGGACUGUUACUCAAUGUGUACAUAUUGUAUUAUCUCUGUACUCUGGCAAAAUAAGUCAGCACUCGCUUUUGCGCACUCAGUGAACGAUUUAUUUAUAUUUAUCGAUGUGAUUUGCUUAUGUAUGAUUCUAAUUAUAUACCUUUGAGAACAAAAAGUGAGAAGGUAAGAAUAGUAGGCACAUCAUCGCAACGAAUGAUGUCGGAAAAAAUAACGAAAGUUCCAGACUUUCUCGGAAUACUACUUGUUGAAUAGUAUUUACGAUGUAGCACCUAAACAAGAAAAGUCUGUAUAUUGGAUCAAAGUGUGACCUUGUGCUUUAGCAAGGCAAUAAACGAUGUUUAGUUCAAUGAAUCACAAUAAACGAUGAUUAUAUAUCAUGUAUAAAA